AUGGCACACGAUGCCGGCGCCAGCAGCAGUCGACCUUUUUUGACGACAACUGCAAGCCGUGCAGGGGCCUCUUGCCGCGCUGCGAAGCACCAAUCACUGCUCUCGCAGGCCUGCCCGUCCUCCCGCUCCGUCGGCCCGGCCGCGCUGCGGCACCUGCAUGUGGCGCCGGUGCGACAGGCGCACACAAACGCUUUCGUUCCGCCUCACGUCGACUGCGCUCCGGCGCUGGGCCCUGAAGGCGCCACUGUGCCGCUGGCGCCGUACGAUGCCGCUCCUCUCGCUGGCUCUGCUCCGGCGCACACCACACAUCUCGUCGUCGUGCCCCUGCAGCCUCGCGCGCCAGACCAGUGGCCCUCGCAUCUGGCGGCAGCCUCGCCGCUCUACGCCGAGCUCGAGUCACGCUGCCGCGCCGGCGGGAGUCUGGCUGGCUGCGAGCACGACGACGUGGCGACGGCCGAUGCCGGGAUGGUCGACCCGCCGCUGCGUGCCUGGGACCCGACCGCGAGCCGCUUCUCGCGAGCGCCACCCAGAGCAGAGCAGGAGCUCUAUCAGCUGCGGCUGUACCGCGCCGGCAGAAUUGCUGUGCUGCCGCCGCUCUCGCUAGACUCGCUAGACAGCCAGCCUCUGCCUCAGCGCAUCGAGGAUGCAUUCGCUGCCUCGCGCCUCCAGACCGCCAAGCAGCGGCGCGAUGAUGCGGCCGACAUCUUCGUGUGUGCACACGGCGCGCGCGACUGUCGAUGCGGUGUGGCCGGCGCAGAGGUGAUCGAGAGCCUGAUCGGCGACAUCGUUGCGCAGCGUGAGCAGGUGCGCGUGGAGGGCGGAGCUACGAAGCGCGUGAGGGUCUGGGCCAUCAGCCACGUAGGUGGUCACAAGUGGGCAGCCAAUGCCAUCGUUCAGCCGCACGGCGACUGGUACGGCAACCUGCGCAGAUUCGACUCGCCGCUGCUCCUGCGCUCCGCGCUCGCCCCUGCCACGAGCUUCCACGAUGUGCAGGAUCGGCGCGAGCGCCUGGUGCACUGGAGCCGCUGGCGCGGACGACUUGGCCUCAGCGACCAGGAGACGUACGACAAGCGCGACGAGUGGGGCGGUGGAGGAGUGCAGACUGCGUCUUUCGCACCACGAGCACGCGUUGCGCCGGCGCCAUUGGACAGCGCCGCGUCCCAAGUGCCGGCGGGUUCCGCUGUCACGCCGCAGGCUGCCGCAGACGUCGAGUCAGCGUCUGGGUCCGGCAAGGACCAGCUGCAGCUGCACUUUGUCUCGUGGGAGGGCGAGUCCUUUGCCGUGUCGGCUGUGGCCGGCGAGACGUUGAAGGAUGUCGCCAAGCGCCAUGGGCUCCCGAGCAUCGAGGCGACGUGCGGAGGUGUCUGCGAGUGUGCCACAUGUCACGCCUACAUCGCCGCACCGACGGGCGCACAGGAUGCCACUUCGGCGCGCGACCGCUUCGCCCUGGAUGCAGCGCCGCCAGACGAGGUCCUUGGCGCGGCUGCCGUGCCGAGCGAUGCGGAGCUCGACAUGCUCGAGUAUGCCAUCGGACGGCUGGGCAGCAGCCGGCUGUGCUGUCAGGUGCCGGUCAGCGCUGCCCUGGCGAAGUGGAUGCAGGACCACGGCGGACGGAUCGUGCUGCCACGCUUCUGAGUCCGAACAGGCUGCGUAGCGAAUGGCAUCCCGUGUGCAAGGAGAUCCGAGCUGCAGCUCAGUAGCGGGCAGCGCUGCCCACCCACGUGAG